UGACAGCAUUCAGUCAUCUUCGGCAGACAGGCAACGAGCACCGAAGCACUCCCCGCGGAUAAGGCUUCUUUUUUUCCGUCUACAAAACGUCACCUGUGCAACAGCUGAAAGCUCUCUGGCCCCUCCGAUUCGGCGGUCCAGGCCUCUCUUCCCACCCCUUACAAAGUUUCUUUCAACCCUCUCCCUUUGAUCAGGCAUUUCAGGAUACCGCUUCUCGUCCCCACCGGCGACCUCCGACGAACCAAGAUGUUGAACAUAUGGUCUAUGAAAAAAAAGCAAAAGGAGGCUGAGAAUGCUGAGGGUCAGGCUGCCGGAGGGAAGAGGAAGAAGGUGACGGCGGCACAGCUACGAGUACAAAAAGACUUGUCAGAACUAUCUCUCGGCGCAACGAUGAAGACGGACUUUCCUGACCCCGACAAUAUCCUCAACUUUAUCCUGUCGAUCGAGCCGGACGAGGGCAUGUACCGAGGCGGAAAAUUCACAUUCGACUUUGCCAUCAACCAGAACUUCCCGCACGAGCCUCCUAAGGUGCUGUGCAGAGAGAAGAUAUAUCAUCCCAAUAUUGAUCUCGAGGGCAAGGUCUGCCUUAACAUUCUGCGGGAGGACUGGAAGCCGGUGUUGAACCUGAAUGCUGUCAUUGUGGGGUUGCAGUUUUUGUUCCUGGAACCCAACGCCUCGGAUCCUUUGAACAAGGAGGCGGCUGACGACCUGAGAAGCAACCGAGAAGGAUUCAAGAGGAACGUACGAACGGCAAUGAGUGGAGGAUCUGUCAAGGGAGCGCCAUAUGACCGAGUACUGAAAUAGAUGCUGGUGUUUUAAAAACUAGGGGGCAGGUUUGUGUGGAUUGCCCAAGAUCGGUGCCCACAACCUGGAGAGUUUGGGUGGUGGAGAGAGAGGUGGACGUGACAACGACGACGAGCAGCCGACAUACCUCACAUAGAGGAUGUACUUUUUGUACAUCAUCCAACACCCGGCACAUCUUUCAUCGAGGAGAUGGCGCCAUAACAAGA